AUGAAUGCUGUCACCAUCAUCUCGCGUGCGACUAGGGGUGCGCGCUCAGCACUCAAUAGCGAAGCGCUGAUUGCACAUCGUGUGUGCUACACCACAGACAGUUCAUCAGGAGACAACAACACACGCAAACCACCACCACGAACUACGCCACCACAAUCAGCUGCGCAUGGACCCAACUCAGCAGGUAAACCGAACCAAGCUACACCGAAUCAACCACGCCCGAGCCCAUUUUUUAAAACAAACUCGCCUCCUCAGCAAGGUAAUGCGGGUGCAGGUGCCAACCCAGGCAACUCAGGACCCAGAAAGUUCACGCAGUUCCCAGGCAACACAGACCGGGUCUUUAACCGGCCACAAGGGGGGGCUGUCGGGGGUGUACAGGGAGGGUCCGUAAGCUUCUCCAAUCCCGCACGCGCCUUCGUACCACCCGGGCGUGAGCCUGGGGCGGGAGGUGCACCCAACAACUUCAAUCUGCAAAACCGUGGAGGUUUCAACCAGAAGGUCGGCACCCAGGGAAACCCUGGGGCAGGCCCUGGGGGCUAUGCUUAUUCUCAGCGCUCAGCCCAGAGCAACUAUCAGGCACCCAGCAAUCGACCCGGAUUGGGCCCACCCGCUGUGACCCGCGCGAAUGGUGGGGUGGCGAAUAAGCGUUACAUCAAAGUGCAGGAGAAGAAGAGCUGUCCCAUCUGCUCCAACGAGGUCGAGUUUGACUUCAGGCACGUCAAUUUCCUGUCACAGUUUGUCACGGAACAUUCUGGCAUGAUCUUGCCCGCUCGCCUCACAGGCGUCUGCGCCAAGCAGCAGCGCAAGUUGGCGAAGUGCAUCAAGCGCUCGCGUGCCAUGGGCCUCAUGUCCUUCACUGGACCAACACCAGGCAUAGCUGACAACCUGCCACGCAUGGGCUAA